AAUGGAAUGGCUAAAAAUAGGAAAAUGUCAACAUUUAAAAAGUAUUGGUGGCUUUAAAAAAUUCGAUUUCGACAUUAGUGAAAGUAAAGAGGACUUAAGGAAGGAACUUAUGUCAAUUGAUAAACAACUUAGUCCAUUCCUAGUUGAAAAGAUAUCAUUGUCUUCAAAAACAUCUUCGAAUGAAAGCUUAAGGGAACCGUGGACACUGUCUGAUUCAUUAGAAUUUCAAAAAGGGGAAAAUCCUCCAGAGCCUAAGGAAAAAACAAAUAUAUUACCAAGACAAAUACCUAAAAUAUUUAGAAAGACCAGCUCGGAAACCGAGACAAUUUUCUCUUUUGAUAUCGAACCGGACAAUCCUAGUCUUCAAGGUGAACCAAUUCUCGAGAAUAGUUCUGCAGGUAGUAGUGAAUGCGAACUAAGAACACUGAAUAUAAUAGAUGAAGAUCGUUUCCUUAGUGUUAGUCCUAUUCUACCAUCUUCCAGCUACGUAACAACAGUAGCUGCUUUAAAUGGAAUUCAUAUUGCAGCUGCAAAGGGAUAUGAUAAACUUUUAGAGAAGAUGAUAGCAAAAGAUUUCGAUGUAGAAUGUAGAAGUGACUAUUUGCAAAAUUCACCACUUCAUUAUGCUUGUAUGAACGGAAAGAUAAAUUGCGUCAAAGUCCUAAUAAAACAAGAAUGCUCUCUAGAAGCUAUUAAUUCUCAUUAUGAUAACUGUUUACAUAUAUGUAUAGAAUCAAGCGUUUUCGAAUCGAUUUCAAUAUUUGAAAUGAUUUUUAAUAUUCUCGAGACUAAAUGUGAAUUAUCUACUGAUUUAAGGAAAACUUUACUUGAUAGUAUAAUAAGAUUGGAUAGACCUAAUUUCUUGGAAUCAUUCUUAAACUUAUCAAAGAAUGAUUUAAAUUGCAUAAGUAACGGUUGGAGUAUGGUACACGAAUCUUGCUAUGGAGGGUCUAUUAAUUGUUUAAAAUAUUUAUACAAUCUUAAUCACGAUUUGAACGUAUCAUAUACGAAUUUAAAUAUGGGUUUCUCAAAUGUUAAACCAGUUCAUUUAGCUAUUUUUAACGGACAUUUGGAUAUUGUUCGUUUCUUAGUGUCCCAUAUUAAUAUCGAAUAUAACGAAUGCGUAACGGUAAUGGGAGCUAAUUAUUCAACGUUAAUGACAGCGGUUUUUAACGAAUACAUCGACAUAUUUGAUGAAAUUAUUGAUAAAUGCGAUGUAAACGUGAAGAAUGACCAAGGUGACACGGCGUUACAUUUCGCUUCGCUGAGAGGAAAUGGAAAAUUAAUUAUGGAAUUAUUAAAACGCAACGCUGAUGUUAAUGUUCAAAAUAAACUAGGCAUUACGCCAAUAUGGAAUGCCUUGAACUAUCCAGAAAUUGUAGAUAUCCUUAUCAAUUAUGGAGCAAAGACUGAUAUUUUUUUAAACGAAUGCGAUACGAAAGCUUUCGGCGUUGAAUUAAUCAAAAAAUCCUUACUGGAAAAGGCCUUAGAGUGUGGUAACUCGGGAACAGUUCAAUUAUUACUUAAUUCGUAUAAAUCCUCAGAAAAUUCCCAAAGUGCUCAAUCCCAGAUUGUUCCUUCUCUGAAAGGCAUGUGUCAAGAAAUUGUUGAUAAAUGCGAAUUAUGA